AUGACAAGUAUCUGGAGUGCUCACGUGACAAAGGAAGGACGAGUUUACUAUUAUAAUCGCAAUAGUAAGCAAAGUGCAUGGGAAAAACCAAUAGAUUAUGAUGGAGAAGAGAUUGGAGUUGCUGAUGCUGCUACUGUGACUUUAAUGGCUGCUGUCACGUCUUCUGGAGCUAAGAAAGGAGGCGAAUGGGAAGAGCUGUGGGAUCCCAAGAAUGAACGUGCUUAUUACUACAAUCGUACGACACGUAAAACGCAGUGGCAACGUCCGGAAGGAGUAGAGAUCCAACCUCAUGUGGGAGAUGGAGGGGGUAGAGAGAAACGCCAUGAGAAACAUCGCAAUAAAGUCAAGAAGAAUGAAGAAAAAAGUGACGUGAGCCAUGAAGACACAAAAUUAGAGCUGGUGAAGAAUCAGACGAGUGAAGCAAAGAAUCAGAUGCACGAGGAGAAGGGUGAGCAUGAUACAGAGAUAGCUACAAUGACAACGUACUUGAAAAAGAAGAAGAAAAAGUCCAAGAGAGACAAGAUGGAACAUAUUGCCAGUGAGAGUCAAAGAAAACGACCUCGUCGACAGGAUGAAACGAGACUUAUUAUUUGGGACGAUGAAGGGUUGAAUAAUGAGUUGAUUAAGGACAUUGAAGAAAAGGACACGGAAGAUGGGAAAGAAGCGACAAGGUUAUUGCAAGAACUGUCUAAAACAGAUGCUAUCAUGGAAGCUAAUGUGCUGUCGGUCAUCAAUAGCUUUUUGAGAGCAUAUACCGAGUCGAAUGGACCCGAGAUUUUAGUGGAAAAACUUUCGUCGUCGUAUCGUGGUCAUGCACAAAUGAUCGGACUUGUUGCGUCCUGGUUGGAUACGCUGCCUGUGUCGACAACGGCGUUGGAGAAUAAGAUGAAGUUUGAUGUCAACGAAGGGGCGGUAAUUGCAAACAAAGGCGCGACGUGGGGUCCGGCGGAGGAGAUUUUGUACAGUCAUUUAAAGGAUGUCAUCAACGAAAACUACGACCCGAAACUCGUGUCAAAUGUACUCAGUGGUUCGGCGGUGGAGCCCAAGUGGCUGACUCAGAUGCUUAACGAUCGCAAGUGGAGACUCAUGCUAAUUGAGCUGGCGGAGACACACAAGACAUGUACGUUGCUACAAUAUGCAAUUCGACGAAUUUCAAAAGCGGGCCACCACAAAGAAAUUGCAUCAAUCACGAGUGCAAAUGCGUUUUUUCCAGUAUUUAGCGGUGUGCUUGUGGAUGCGUUUAGUCGAAUUCCAUUAGCUAGUGAGGAGGAUAUGGUGGACGAUAUUGCUGCCCUUAAUAAGAAAACUUUCGGUGCUGAUAGUACAGAGUACUUUCAUAUUUGUGUGGUACGCUCUAAGUUGAAUCGCGUGCGCUGUGAGCUCCAAGAGACAGCAAGUAGCAGAUUUGGCGCUAAAAUUGUUCCUUUCCACAUAUUGCGCCGGCGAUAUAUUUAUGAUGCGAGCCCGAAGUUUUGCGAUGCUGUCUUAUCGAUUGUUAAAACCAAGACAUGUUCGGAACCGAGUGCAGACACUCUGGCUAGGGAGUAUCAGACGUCGAAGAUCCCGCCUCCAGUCGCCCAUUUGCGAGACCCCAUUGUCCUGUCAAGUUUACUUGAUCGGCUUUUCAAUCCGUCCGACUCCAUUUCGCUGGCUUUUGUGCAGAACUGCGUGUUUUUGGUGGCAUAUGCAGCGUCUACGAAGGAUGAACGGAGUUUGUUGCAGACUGGAGUUUGCGGAUUGUCCGAUCAGGUUGAGGUCGAUGAUGAUGGCAUCGAUUCCACGAAAAAAGCGCUUGUUGAAGCUUCAGCGAUAUGCAAGUCUGAUCACACUAUUGGCUAUAAUAUGAAUCAGUCGGAAGUAGUUCACAAGCUGAUCUCGGUGAUGUCCGUCCCUGUUGUAUCCAUGGGUGUGUUGCACUGGCUGGAAGUUCUUCUCACCUCGCCUGAUUUCUUCAGCAUGACAUCGCUCCGGCUACACCCUGAAAAUAACCCGGUGAAAGCACUCGAGCUGAAGCGAGAGACGCUUCGAUGCAUGGUCUACAUGAUCACGAGCGGUUACGUGUUGCCCGUAUUGGAGUUUGUGUUCACCAAUACGCUGGACCUGGAUCAAGCAUUGCUUCGCAAUUUUAUUACAAUGUUGUUUGCGCGUGUUGCACCACCGUUCUCGCCGAAAUUCUCAUCGGCUUUGACAAAAAUUCUGACGCACCCAAAAGUGCAGACCGCAAUCAAGUCUUGUCCAGCCGAGAGCAAAGUGAAACUGCAGAGCUUUGUGGGCUUUUGCAAGAAAACACCGAAUGUGCUGUCGUCGGACCAAUUGCAGUCACUGACCGUUCUUCAGGAAGGACGAGAUUAG